UUUGUGCCGCAUAUAUGAUAUGCCAACGGGCGACACCAAGACGCACAUCCCACAGACUCACAUCCCCACAACAGCGCUAUGCCAGCUCGGCUGCCAUCACUGCUACUCCUACUGCUACUUGUGGUGGGUAGUCAGCGUGUUGCUUCAUCGUCGUCUCCCGCCAGCAGCGUUCAUCCCAUCAUGUCCGCAGCAGCAGAGGGCAGAGUCAAAGACCUCCAUCCAGAAGUCGCGCUUGCGGCAGCGCUGGCUGCUCUGGAUGACAUCCAACAGGAUGACAUGCUGUCAGAUGCCGAGGCCGAACCUGACGAGGAACCCCGGCGCGAGAAGCGCGGUCGAAAGAAGAGAAGGAAGAACGACACCAGCACGUGUGCUUGGGCGCAGGUGCUGGAGGAUGAAGACCUAAAGGAUCCUACAAGCAUAGCGGCGAAGAAGUUUCGAGAGGACUUUCGCGUCCCCUACCCCUUUUUUCUGCGGCUUGUGGAGUUGGUGAAGAAGAAGGAUUGGUUCGCCACCACGCAGCGCGACGCGUAUGGGCGGCGAUGCCACCCAGUGGAGCACAAAGUGCUGGCGUGUCUGACUAUACUGGGCAGGGGGAAUGUAUUCGGAAGCAUCUACAACCUUUCGUGGAUGAGCACCCCGACAGUGCAGAAGGUGUUCCACCAGUUCUGCGAGCACUUCGCAACCGAGAUGUACGACGAGCACAUCUUCCUUCCCAGCGAGGAGAACGGCGAGCUGGAUCGCGUCAUGGGACAGUACGAGAAGCUGGGGUUCCCGGGCGCAAUGGGUUCAACGGACGUCACCCAUAUCGGGUGGAGUAGGUGCCCGUACAACCAAGGACGUUCUUACACCGGUAAGGAAGGCAAGCCUACGGUCGGAUACCAGGUGACGGUCAACCACGCUGGGCGUGUGCUGGCCGUGACAGAGGGGUUCACGGGGUCCACCAACGACAAGACCAUCAUCUGCUGUGAUGAAGCGGUAGACAGAAUACGGACCGACAAGCAGUACGCCGAAAAACCAUUCACAGUCCACAAAAAGGAUGGUACCACGGAAACCCUGAAGGGGUGCUACCUCAUCGUCGACAAUGGUUACCACAAGUGGCGGAUGCUCAUUGAACCCUCGAAGUACCCGUUGAGCGAGGCUGACUUGCUGUUCUCGAAGAGGCUGGAGAGCGUGCGCAAGGAUGUGGAGUGUUUUUUCGGCAUCCUGAAGAUGCGCUUCAGAAUCCUGAAGCUCGCCAUGACCUACCAGAAGCAGGAGCGCCUCGACUACGUCUUCUUCACAUGCUGUAUCCUGCACAACAUGCUCCAUACGCAUGACGGCAUGGGCGGCCUGGAGGAGGACGUGAACUGGGUCGGCAGUGCCGAGCUCCAGAACACGUCGGGGCACAACCUGGACUCGAGCUCGGUCGGGACAAAGGACCUCAACGACAAGCCCCAGGUCGAGGCCGCCCAUGCGGAGCUCAAGCGGAAGCUGACCACGAACUUCCUGUACCGCAAGAAGCACAAGAAGGACAUUGUUUGGCUUUCCAGGAAGAGGCCUGAGAUUUAACCGUAGAAAUCUGUUGUUCGUUUCCCUCUCUUGGGAUGCCGCUUUUCUAUUUUUAAUUAAUUUCGUAAGGGUUACGCGCUGCCGCGUGUGUUGGUGUGCGACGUUUUGUGCCAUGUAGUAGGGGAGGAAAGCGUCUACUGUACCAGUUCGUGUUUGGCAAUGGCAGCGUCGAAUACGAAGGAGACGCGGGUGAAAUCUUUUUUUAUGAUCGUACCGUUCGUUAAUUUUUUUUUGUUGUCCCAUGGACGCAGAAAGACCAAAAAUAUAACAAAGACGAGCACUAUAAGAGCUAUCAGCUCUCAGGUUCGGUCAGGUAGUUUCUUCUUCACGUGUUGUGUGGUGCGGAGUCGCACCGAGUUGCUCUCUCUCGACGACGAGAGGGAGAAACGGCGAAACGAGUGAGUGAGAGUCAUCAACGCAGUUGCCCUUUGGGAGACAGCUGUCCUGCGAGGAAGAACGUUCCGUGAACGUUCCGAGAACCCAAGGAACAGGAUUGGCUCUGAUCUGGAAGAAUACCCCGUCGGAUCUCCGGCGGGCCAUUUGAUGCAUUCACAAUCUACGGUCAUUCCAUGUGGCAUUUACAGCACACACACAAACAAAAAAGAAGAACGAGCGGAGCAGUAGAAACGACAGGUGUUUACUCUGGUACCAACAGCAUCGCAUGCUCCACAAGCAAAGUGAAAUUCAACAAAGACAAAAACACACAAGCACGGAAAAAAAAAAAUGUGGUAGACCGGCAUUCACUU